AUAAAACGACGACUUUUCUUUGAGAAAAUAGAAUUAUAUGACAGAGGGAGGAAUGAAGUACAGAUGUAUCGAGUGCGGUUAUGGAAUGAAAUCCCUCUUCGUUCAAUACUCUCCCGGCAAUAUCAGACUCAUGAAAUGCGAGAACUGUAAAGCAGUUGGGGAUGAGUACAUUGAAUGCGAAAUCAUGAUAGUUGUUAUUGAUUUGAUUCUUCACAAGCCCAAAGCUUAUAGACAUUUACUCUAUAAUGUGCUAGACCCACAAGCUCUCAAUUUGCAGGGUUUGCUGUGGAAAUGCAGUUUUGGAUUUCUUCUAUUGGAUGCUUAUAGGAGUUUGUUAAUAUGUAGAAGCAAAGAAGAAUGGGGUUUGUCCACAAGCAUUGAUUCUUUCAUUUGGACAAGUCAAAAGAUAUUGCUUGAUGUAUUUCUUGGAAACCUCGUGUUUUUUUCUACCUUUGUACUUGCCAUGAGGAUUUUUUUGGGUACAUGGUUUAAUUCCCUCAGGUACAAAGACAUUUUGCUUGCAAUCCUCAUCUCAAGUUACUUCAAGUUGUGUCUCUCUGCUAUGAUGGUCUGGGAAUUUCCAUCUUAUGUGGUUUUCAUCAUUGAUUUGUAUGUCUUGUCGUCCAACACCGUAGCACUAAAAGUGAUCUCGAAGUCACCCACAAGUAGAUGUAUAUUGACCUGUUUCAGUGCACAUUUGAUGAAGUUUUUGGUCACGCAAAGCUGGAGUUGAAAACUUAAUGAUGUUAAGACAUUUGAUGUGAUUUUCUAUUUUCUUGUCGAAACUUCAAUUGUCAAUAUUAAGUGCUUUGAGCCUAUGACCUAUGACACAUACGGCAGUGGAGAACUGAGUAAAAUGGUGUACAGUUAUGCCUUUUAACGUACAAUCAAUCAUGGUUCAGGGUUA